AUGGAUAUUGAAAGCUUUGGAGGGAUACUUUUAGAAAAAUUGAAUUAUAUUAUUGGAAUAUUAUCAGACGAGACCGUUGAAAAUUCAGAAAAAUAUGAAAUUAUUUCAGAAUUUUUAAUGGAUGCUUCAGAAAAAUCAACAGAUUCGUUGGUUAAAGAAAUCAUAGAUUCGUGGGAAGCGUGGUCAGAAAAAAUGAAAAUUUAUAAAGAAGAAGAACGUUUAGCGCAAUUGGAAUUGGAAGCUAAAGAAAAAAAAAUUUUAGAAUUAAAAAAGUUGGAGCAAGAGGAACGUAAAAAACGCGAACAAUUGUUGGCAAAAUAUUCAUAUGAUUUUGAUGAAAUCGUAGAGAAUGAAGAUGGUGAAGCUGAAAUAAAUCGUAAUAGAGAUGUGGUAAAAGAGGAAGAGAGAAUGCGUAGAGAAGAAAUGCAGAAAAAACAUGAGUUUGAAAAAGAAAGAAAUCGUUUUGAAUAA